GUGUGUAGUGGUUAAUAUGUAUACGUUGCCAUCUCCGUACAGCUCACUUCACCUCGCCUAGCUCGCUCGCGUGCGCGCAGCUUGCCCGCGACGUCGACUGCGUGCACCUCUGCUGCGCAUCCCUACCUUAUACUAUUUUCAGACAGGCAGUUAAUCGAGCAAUUAUCCAAGCUUUCUCAAUUAAUGCACUAAUUAAGAUCGAUUUGCCAUACAAAAUUUCAAUUAUUAAUUGCUCGAUUGGUAAUUAAUUGAAUGUUUAAUCUAGUAAAAACUCCAAUGCAACUCUGUUAGCAAACAUCAAAAACCAAAAAAAUUGUAUUUCAACUGCAGGAUGCAGAACAAUCUGAAUGUUCGAUUAGCUCCAAAACCAAGAAAGAGGAGACUGGCUUGGGCUGAGGAUGGCGAAGUGGCCAUUCUUGAUUUGUGGGAAGAGCGCGUUGCUGAUCUCCGCGGUGCACGGAAGAAUGGCCACAUCUACGCGGAGAUGGCGAACGAGCUGGCAAAGUUGGGCCACAACUACAGCGCCCGGGAUGUGCAGGUGAAGUUGGCGAACUUCACGCAACGCUACAGAAAAGAGAAAUUGGCUAUGGGACCUUCUGGUGGAUCACCCUCAACGUGGCCUUUAUACGCAAGGGUGCACCAGAUAAUCGGUGGAUUUAAGGCCAAUAUGUUUUGCGAGCUGACGCUUGAAAACAUCAGCGAAUCCGAUAUAGCAUCCCAGCCAUCACCACUGACCCCAAUAUUGCCGUCAUCACUCAGCCCAACAUUUUCCUCACCACUGGCAUCACCUCUUCCUGCUGUGCCAACCACACCGCUGCCUACACCGUCACCGCCGCUGUCAUCACCUCUCACUCCUCUGCCAACCACACCGCUCCCCACACCGUCACCGCCGCUAUCAUCGCCGUCGUCACCAAUGCCUAGCAGCUCAGCUUCUGCGGUUGAGCCUAAAAGAAGGAAAGUAAUCGGCACUUUACAAAAGAAAGUAUUAGAUAAAUUUGAUGGGUUGUCAGCGGAGAUAAGCCAACAUAUACGGAGGAGUGAGGAAAAUGAAAAAGAGUGGAUGAAGAUAGAGAAAGACAAAGCUGACACACUGAGGGAGAUAGCGAAUGAUAACAAAGAAUUAAAAGUUGGCAUUUUAUCAUUUUUAAAUAGAAAUUAAUAACACUGUACAGCACUCGGCUGGGUAUUGGACCAAACCAACUUUUUUAAAGAGAUUGAGCCAUAAGUAAAAAAAAGUUAGUUCUCCGUUUUAUUAUAUAUUCCGUUUCAUCCGUUUUAUUAUAUAUUACAGGUGCUAUAACGGGUCAAAGUCAGAUGUUCGAAAAAUGAAAAACUUAAUAUUUCAGACAAUUUUGAACCGAUUUUAAAAGGAUUCACACCGUUGUAAAAGUUAUUAAAUCCGCUUUCUUUCGAUAUGCAUAUUUGUAUACUUCGUAUAUAAAAUUUUUAGAAAAAACACAUUUAAAUG